CGCUCUUUUCGCCGUCUCUCUCCGAUCUCCCCUCUUCAUCCCUCCUCUGCUGCAAGAGCGUCUACGGCCUGUACAGACGCCGAAACCCGUCCAGUCCAGCGGCCUCUGUCCGGUUAUGAGACUCUGACCGUGUCUACGCCCCUCUCAUCCCUCAUCCUCUAAACUAUGCGUCGGAUCGCCUCUGUCCUCGCCUCCAGGCGUGCAGACAAAGACAAGCAGUCGAAAGAAGACCCCAGCUCUUCUGCUGCCAGGCCACAGUCUUCUGCAAGGCCACAGCCCGCUCGCAAGGCUUCUCGUCUUCUCGCCGCUGUCUCCCGCUCCCGCAUCACGGUUUCUACAGAGCAGCCUGUGCCACCACUCGACCAGGGUCUCUCCUCCUCCUCGUCUUGUGGCUCGAAUUCUAUCCAGACCCCGGACGACGACCGUGCAAGCCCCAUCUUGCCACCCGACCCGGCAACACUUACCCCAGUGUCGAGAAAGGGUUGGAACCCGUGGGCGAACGCAAAGAAGGCUCCCACAGCACCUCCAUCUUCCCUCCCACCGUCGUCCUUUCCCUCGUCGCGUUUGACCCCUCUUGCUCCCAACAACCGCAGUCCACGCGAGGCCCAUCACGACACCGACGACGACGCCACCUCCGACUCCUCUUCCGAAUCUGACGAGGCCGCACCUUCAAAUCACAAACCACCUGUCACGCACGAUCACGCGCUCUCCCCAAUCGAGCACCUCACCUUCCUGACCAGCACCGGCCUUGUUCCCCCGUUCUCACCGUGUCCACUUCAACAUGUUCGCGGCCAGCCUCUCUUCCCACGUUCGUGUAACCCCUCCCGUGCAGUUCUAUUUCGGGAAUCCCUCGAGUCCACAAUGCACAGGUCCCGCCUGCUCCGCCGGCUAGAACGGGACAGCUCAUCAGGCUCCCUGUCCAAGUCAGACAGACGCAUGCUCGCCUCUUUCGGGCCCCGUCUUUCGCCUAGCCCGAAACGAACAUUGCCACAGCCCGAUGAGGGCGCAUUUCCGGACGUCGCGGCGCUUGACCCCAGCGGUACCAGCCGCGGUCUCAGAGCCUGGCUCGCACGCGGUUAUUUCGAGGAGAGGACGGUCGCAUGGAAGCCUUCUCCUGACGGCUCUUCUGUCGCCUACUCCCCCGUCACUGGUUCUGGCUUCGGCGUGUGGGCCUUGGACGUUUCGAGAGCACUAGAGGAAAUGGCUGGCGCUGAAGAUCUAGAAGACGGUGACUGGCCUCUGCCCGUGCCCGUGCCCGUGCCCUCCAAAUCCUCACCUCCACAUUCGCCUGCUUCUGUACCGACAUUUGUCCCAGACGCGCCAUCUUCGCCAUCCAGCAGCUCGUCUCAACGAUCCAUCUCGCCACCAACACCCGUCACCGGGCGUCAAGCGCCUUAUAAAGCUGCACCCUCGCCCCUGCGGACCGAGAGCGAUCCUACCACCGGGACCGUCGUGAAACCGUCGCUCUCAGCACGAUCCGUGACUGCGCCAUCAGCCGUACCCAUGCCGGAAUCCCCCACGCCCGCCGCCGCCAUCAAUUCAUCAUCGAACCGCCGCGGUGUCCGGUUUGCCGAAGAAGAAGACGACAAAGAGGAGAACGUUCCGCUCGGUUACGUCCUCCGCCAUAAGAAGAACAGGGAGGAGAAGGCGCAGUUCUUGCAGCGCCAGAAGGAGCUCCGGGCUCAUGACGAGGAGAGACAGAAACAUGAGGCGGAGCGAGCACGGUGGCAGAAGGAAAGAGAACAGUAUAAGAGGGAGAUGCAGGCGAUUGAGGACGAGAAGAGGAAGAAGGCGUAUGCGGAGGAGGUGAUCGCGGCUAGGGCGAGGAGAGCGAGCUCGAUGAUGCAUUUCCCUCCGUCGUCGUCGCCUGCGCUGCCGCAGGACGGAGACGGAGGUCGGGUCAACAAGUAUCAUCGUCCCGCAUACGACCCGAAGAGUAAACCCGAGGAACAUUCAUCAUCAUCUCGUUCGCGUAACCAGUCUUCGUCGAGCUCAAGACCCGGAAGCACCUACUACUCGCCCAACAGCGGUACUACAGGCUCUCGUCCCGCUUCGACAUAUUCCGUCCACUCCUCGAUGGAAGACGUCCGUCUCCGCGAAAACCGAACCAACAGUCGUCGAGGAUCCAUGGUCUCCGAAGCUGCCUCUCAGAACCACGCACGAUCGUCGCUCUAUGCUUAUGGUUGGCCCAACGUCCCCGUGCCCGUUCCCCCGAUACCCGCAUUCCCAGUCAAUGUGAUACCCUCGAUGCCCAUCAUGGCGAUGCCGCAAUAUGUCAUGGACAUGCCGCUCUUACCGCCCAAUCCUCCGUUUAUGGGGGGACAACAAUUUGGGAGAAGGUCGAGGUCGAGGGAUUCGUCAUCUUCGCCUGGGAGGAAGAGCGGGACGACUUCGGGGAGCCAUACGAGUGCUAGUGGUGGGGGCAGCAAGGAACGACCAAGACAGUCUUCGUAUAACAGUUCGCAUGGGCACGGAUCAAGGCAAGGUAGCAGCGGAGACGAACGCAAUAGCCCGACGAGGACGGGGACGCCGUCUGCUGGUGGCCGUGAACAACAUCGUUCGGGGAGGCCGACGACGAGGCUGCAGCAGACGGGGUCGUGGGGCGUGCAACCGCCGCCGUCGGCUAUGAACAUGUCCGUGGCGAAUUUGUCUGCGCAUUCGGGGUACAGUAAUAGUGGUAAUGCGAGGCCGUAUCCUAGUCGGAGGAUGACGGCGUUCUCGUGAGUGGGCGGGUUUGGGUUUGUGUCGGGCGUGUCAUUGCAUCUCGUAUCGCAUCGCUUUACAUCGGACUAAAAACACUAGGACGUUCAACUUCGCUUUCAAUUAUUCUGAUUCUGCAUUUUCAUGACAUUUUAGUUCAGUUCUGUGUUCAAGUAUCCCCACCCCCCGUCCUCCAUGCCAUGCCAUCCAUCGCCUCGCCCCAUCAUACGUACUUACUUAUCGCUCCGCGCCGCUCACCUUACACUAUACGCUCACACUCACACGUCCCUGAAUUCUCGGAAUUCUCGUUUUGCCCAAGUAGGGCACACACUCUUUUUAAUACCAAUCGUUAUUUUCGUUGUUUUGUGUUCGUUGAUCCUCAUCUGUGUGCUUUUACUGUUUCUUCCUUUCUCUCACCUGAACUUUUUCUUUGGACGGUUAGCCGCUUGCGGAUUCGCAUUCCUCCGCCGUCACUGCUCACUGUCGGUCUGGGUUUCGUGUUGUGGUGUUUGUGUCAUGGUUUCCCAUCUCUAUUAUUCUUUUCCCCGCCCUUUGUCCCUUUCACCGUUUCGCCCGUUCUCCCGCAUCUUUGCAGCAGUCCCUCUCAUCUCCAUCUCACUGGCUCGAUUUUCACAGGCUUUCUUAAAUAUUACCCCCCUUCCUUUCCUCGUUCUUCCUUUCCUCGUUCCUCGUUCUUCAUUCUUCAUUCUUCAUUCCUCGUUAACCUUACGCCCCUCCGCAUUCACCUUCACUGCUCCGUUUCGUUUCUUGACGUCCGCAAUUUUGGAUCUUGGCCCGCACUUCACAUGUGACAUCACCAUACCUCCGAGUCGAGUCAAAAUUCGCCCUCAGUGCACAGCGCACACACAAACGUAUCUUCACUCUUCAGGAUUUCCGUGUAUGUUUUUUUCUUGUUUUUUUCUUGUUCACUUUUUUCAGUUCAGCCUUUCUUGUUGUGAAAUCUUGAAUUCUUUAUGACCACGGUUUCGUUUGCGUUUCGGUUUCGGUUUUUUAUGGUUUCCCUACUUUUCGCUACAUACUCUGUCUUUUUUGUUUUCGUUGCGCGUCAUCCACCCAUAUUUGCUCCGUCCUACGCACGCGCUCGAGCCUACUGCUGCUGACAUACAUACAUACCAUUAACGAUUAAACAAGCACCACCACCACCAGUCCCACACAGCACCGCCACCACAACACCAGUUCCGGUCCCGGUCCACCUACUGAAUCCCUGAAUCCCUGAACUUUGACUCUUACACUCUGAACUUUGAAAUUUGAGGACUCGGAAGUACUCGAUCGAUCCCAUCAUUGACAUGAACGGCUAUCCAGCUAUCCAU